ACUGAACUCAUCCUCGUGGAAAGACGAAGAGCAGAAACCCCAAUGAAUCGCAAGAAGAAAAGAGGAGCGAGCAAUUUAGGGAGCAGCAGUUUGAAAGAGACGGCACCGGUACUGCUAUGGACGGGUCAGUGCAAAAUCCAAACUUUACCUCCGAACAUUAUCAUCGACAUUCUCUCAAGACUUCCAAUUAAGUCUAUUCUCAGCUGCAAACGGGCCUGCAAAGCUUGGCUUCGUCUAAUCUCGCAUCCUCGCUUUGUCGAACUUCAACUUGCAAGAUCUUCCACUUCCAUACUUAUCAAAACGAUACCUUCCCUCUCCGAAUCGCGCAAAAUCAUCCUUACCCAUGUCGACCAACGGGGUCGCGAUCCCUAUCGCUUUGAUAAAUUGAUGCUCACUCCCAAGAUUAACCUGCCCUGCUCGAAAUUCGGCCUCUUGAAUUCAUGUAAUGGCUUGCUCUGCUUAUCUGGCGUUGAAAAAGAUGACCCCAUUUGGGUAUGCAAUCCCAUUUUGGGAGAGUAUGUCACUAUUCCUCCAGCAAGUGAAGGUAGGAGUAUGGGUUCUUUCAUUGGACUUGGAUUUUGUGCUGUGACAAAUCGGUAUAAGGUGCUACAAACUUUUCAUCCGAAGGUUAAGUGGUCAGGGAAUGACUAUCUGGAUGCUGAAAUAUAUCACAUGGAUACAGGAACUUGGAAAAGCAUUGGGUAUGCACCCUGUGCUCUUGUUGCGCCAUCUUUUAAUUCCUUCUUACGUGGUUCUCUUCAUUGGGUUCCAAGUGCAGGUAGCAGUUCUGAAUAUAUAUAUUCUUUCAAUUUUGAGACUGAGGAAUUUGGGUCGGUUCCUCCACCUCCAUGCCUUGAUGGAACUAAAAGGAAAAUUUCUAAUGAUCUCAGGUUGGGGGUGGUUGAAGGUUGUCUCUUUGUAUGUGUCUUCGGGGAUAGUAGAAAAUUUGAUAUUUGGGUUAUGAAAGAGUAUGGGGUGAAGGAGUCUUGGACCAAGCAGUUUGUGAUUGAAAAUUUAUAUCCUAGAAAAUCCCACUCUGACUUUUAUGAGCCGGUAAAGUUUAUGGGCAAUGGGGAAAUCCUGAUGUUGUACAACGACUCAGAAGUUCUUUGUUAUAACACAGGGACAAAAAGAUUGCGGCGUACUAGAGUUACCCACACUCGUCACGAAUUUAAUUCAAUUGCUCUCACUCCAAGCUUGGUCUCACUAUAUCAUGUUGCCAAGGGAGAGCUCGUGCAAAGGGUGCAAGGCAGUAAAGAAUAUGCGAAGUCAUUAGCUGAAGGGACUGCUGAAUAUGCUGCUAAUUUUGAAACAUCAAAUUAUGAGGUGGCCGGAGUCAACUCAACUCUUGAUAGUGUUCCCAAGGGAUUGCCAGUUCAAAGGGAGCCUGGCCAUAAAAAAUAUGCGAAGAGCGCUGCGGCUGAAGGGGGGAAUAUUGAGUGUGUAAGCUUGGGAACGUUGCCCAACCAGCCUGCCGGAUUCAACUCAACUCCAUUCUAUGGUCAACGAGUUGUCUACCAAAUACUGAAUGCUGAUCAAAGCAGAGAGUAUAAUAUGGAAGCAGCAAAUGCUGAAAGUUUAGGUCGUAUUUCUGCUCAGGGCUUCUCAGCACCUCCUCUUGACGAUGUCUCUAGCAAUUUAGCUUCUAAGAAGUCUCUUCCUCGUUGGUGGCAGUGUUAAAUGCGAAAAUAAGUCAUAAGGGUCGCCGUAGUGCUUGUACUGUUUAUUGUAAUUAUUUCCCUUUUCAUGUUGGUUUUUGGCAAUUAUCGUGCUGAUACCUACCUGUUUUUCAGCUGUCGUUGUCUUUUUUUCCCUUUCCCUUGACCGGAUUGUGUAGAACACAGGUUAGAAUUCAGUAAUGCGCAAUAAUAGGGAAUAUCUGGCCAUCUAAGAAGGCUUAGUUUAUUGAUUCAAA